CUUCCAUUGGUUAGUGUUACAACUGUAUUCACCUAAACCCGCCAUAUCCUUGGAAGAAACCUCCCCUCCUCCACCACCCAAAAUAAACCCCAUCCACAGCUUCAGAAGCCUCCACAUGUGAACCGCCUGGAUGAACCCAACAACAAUCGCCGCCACCGCUGGAUCACCUACCCACCCUUCAUCGCUCUUCCCACAAAUCACAAGAUGCAAAACCAUGAGAGAACUUCACCAAGUCCACGCCCUCUUCCUCAAAACAGGCCAAAUCCACGACCCUUUAGCCGCAGCCGAAAUUCUCAAAUUCUGCUCCCUUUCCGCUCACCGUGACAUCGGCUACGCCCGCAAGGUUUUCCGCCAAAUGAGCGAACCUAACUGUUUUUCUUGGAACACAGUCAUCCGAGCUCUAACGGAAUCUGAUGAAAACGAUGAAACGAAUGAACCGCUAGAAGCAUUGCUUUUAUUCACUGAAAUGCUCACCGACGGGACCGUUUUGCCUAACAGAUUUACUUUUCCUUCGGUUUUUAAGGCCUGUGCUAGAACUGGGAAGCUUCUAGAAGGGGAACAGGUUCAUGGUUUAGCUGUGAAAUUUGGGUUUGAAAAAGAUGAGUUUGUUGCGAGCAAUCUUGUAAGAAUGUAUGUUAUGUGUGGAGCCAUGGAGAAAGCUCAGUUUCUGCUUAACAAAAUGAUGGUUGAAUUUGAAAAUGAUGGCAAAUUAGUAAAUGAUAAGAGGAGAAUAGAGGGUAAUAUUGUUUUAUGGAAUGUGAUGAUCGAUGGGUAUAUCAGAAUUGGGGAUUUAACGGCUGCUAGGGAAUUGUUUGAUAAAAUGUCUCAAAGAAGUGUAAUUUCAUGGAAUGUGAUGAUUUCCGGAUACGCCCAAAAUGGAUAUUUUAUGGAAGCAAUUGAGAUGUUUCGUUUGAUGCAAAUGGGGAAAGUGAGGCCUAAUUACGUGACUUUGGUGAGCGUUCUUUCUGCAAUUUCAAGAAUUGGGGCACUUGAGUUGGGGAAAUGGGUGCAUUUGUAUGCUGAGAGGAAUGACAUUGUGAUCGAUGAUGUGCUUGGCUCUGCAUUGAUUGAUAUGUAUGCUAAGUGCGGGAGCAUUGAGAAAGCAGUUCAGGUCUUUAACAGGAUAAGUAAACCGAAUACAAUUACAUGGAGUGCGAUAAUCGGGGGUCUCGCAAUCCAUGGUAGAGCGAAGGAUGCUCUUGAUUAUUUUUCAAGGAUGGAACGUGAGGGGGUAACUCCUAGUGGUGUUGUCUACAUAGGUAUCUUGACUGCUUGUAGCCAUGCAGGGUUAGUAGAAGAGGGGCGUUUAUUUUUCAAUCAUAUUGUCAAUGAGGUUGACUUUGAACCUAGGCUUGAACAUUAUGGAUGUAUGGUUGAUCUAUUAGGCCGUGCUGGGCUACUUAAAGAAGCUGAAGAGUUUAUAUUGAACAUGCCAAUAAAACCCGAUGAUGUGACAUGGAAGGCCUUGUUAGGUGCCUGUAAGAUGCAUGGGAAUAUAGAGAUGGGAGACCGUGUUGCACAGAUUUUGAUGAAUAUGGCUCCUCGUGAUAGCGGAGCUUACGUGGCAUUGUCAAAUAUAUAUGCUGCUUCUAGAGAUUGGGAAUCAGUUGCAAGGGUGAGGUUAAAAAUGAAUGAGAUGAAUGUAAGGAAAGACCCUGGAUGCAGUUGGAUUGAGCUAGAUGGAAUUGUUCAUCAGUUUCUUGUGGAAGAUGAUUCCCACCCCAGAGCUAAAGAGAUUCAUUCAAUGCUACUCGAAAUUGCCGAGCAAAUGAGGUUGGUAGGAUAUAAGCCUGAUACCUCGCAAGUUUUGCUCAACAUCGACGAUGAGGAAGAAAAAGAAAGCACACUAUACUAUCACAGUGAAAGGAUUGCCAUUGCAUUUGGCUUAAUCAGCACAAACCCUGGAACACCGCUUGGGAUAGUGAAGAACCUCCGUGUAUGCGAUGAUUGUCACUCUUGGAUAAAACUAAUCUCGAAGAUCUACAAACGCGAAAUAAUUGUUAGGGAUCGAAGGCGUUUUCACCAUUUUGAGAAUGGUUUAUGUUCUUGCAAGGACUACUGGUGACACCCCUCCUCCAUUCCCCAUUUAUGUGGUUUUAAGUAUAUACUAAUAACUUCUUUAGUGGUAGCAUUAAAUAAUUAGUUAUCUCUGAUUUGAAUCAAAAUUUUUGAAGAAACAUGACUGCAAA